AUGGCCUACUGUGAGCGAUGCGACCGUCACUUCCCGCACGAGCGUGCACUGGGAAACCAUGAACGCGACUCGUCUCGUCACAACAUCUGUUAUGAAUGCAGUUUGGACUUCAUGACGUGGGAGGGUUUGAAGGAGCACUACGUCCUGAGUCCCAGGCACCACUACUGUCAAUAUUGCGGCUCUCACUUCGGUGACGACGAAAUGUACCUUGACCACCUUGAGAGCAAUCACUGGGCGUGUAGACAGCACCGGCGGGUCUUCGCCAGUGAGCAUGGUCUUAACGAGCAUUACAGGCAACACUCGGACCAUGUCUACUGUGACCUGUGCCAGAGGUACUGCCCGGAAACGGGUGAUCUCUGGGCCCAUGCUAGAGCUCGCCACUACACGUGCCCCGAGUGCAACACAUACUCUAGCACCGAGGCCGGAAUCAAGGCGCAUAAGCAAACCAGCCAUCCUUACUGUUCCGAGUGCGACAAGUGCUUUGCGUCGCAGGCGAACUUACAGGCCCAUCUAAACUCUCGCCGGCACGCGCCGGCAAUCGUUCGCUGCCCCGGUGCCCGUUGCGGCAGGAGCUUUGUCAAUCCAUCAGAUCUGGUACAACACUUUGAGGCUGGAACCUGCCCGUCAGGCAUGACUCGCGCCAGACUGAAUCAAGAGGUCGUGCGUCGCGACCGCAACAACGUCAUCACCAACCCGAACCGCCUUCUGACUGGCCCAGACGGCGCGCGCUCCGUACCUACCACUUCAUAUCUCGCCUCGGAGCGCUCGUGGAACGAGUCCCGCGCAUGCCACGAAGAUCUUUCGCUGCCCCAACAACAUAUGCAUGCAACAGUAUUCGGCCCUCAGUGCACUGGUACAGCAUGUCGAACGUGA